AUGGAAUGGGAAAAUCAAACCAUUCUGGUGGAAUUCUUUUUAAAGGGACUUUCUGGCUACCCAAGGCUUGAGCUACUCUUUUUUGCACUGAUCUUAAUAAUGUAUGUUGUCAUCCUUCUGGGCAAUGGCACCCUUAUUUUAAUCAGCAUCUGGGACCCCCACCUUCACACCCCUAUGUACUUCUUCCUGGGGAACCUCUCCUUCUUGGACAUCUGCUACACCACCACCUCCAUUCCUUCCACACUGGUGAGCUUCCUCUCAGAAAGAAAGACCAUAUCCUUCUCUGGCUGUGCAAUACAGAUGUUCCUCGGCUUGGCCAUGGGGACAACAGAGUGUGUGCUCCUGGGCAUGAUGGCCUUUGACCGGUAUGUGGCUAUCUGCAACCCUCUAAGAUAUCCUGUCAUCAUGAGUAAGGAUUCCUAUGUGCCCAUGGCAGCUGGGUCCUGGAUCAUAGGAGUCAUCAACUCUGCAGUACAAACCGCAUUUGUAGUACAGUUGCCUUUCUGUGGGAAUAACGUCAUCAAUCAUUUCUCCUGUGAAAUUCUGGCUAUCAUGAAACUGGCCUGUGCUGACAUCUCAGGCAACGAGUUCAUCAUGCUCGUGGCCACAACACUGUUUAUAUUGACACCACUGUUAUUAAUCAUUAUCUCUUACACAUUAAUCAUUGUCAGCAUCCUCAAAAUUCGCUCUUCUGAGGGGAGAAGCAAAGUUUUCUCCACGUGCUCAGCCCAUCUGACUGUGGUGAUAAUAUUCUAUGGAACCAUUCUCUUCAUGUACAUGAAGCCCAAGUCUAAAGACACACUUAAUUCAGAGGACUUGGAUGCUACUGACAAACUUAUAUCCUUGUUUUAUGGGGUUAUUACUCCUAUGAUUAAUCCUUUAAUCUACAGUCUUAGGAACAAAGAUGUUAAGGAGGCAGUAAAACACCUAUUGAGAAGAAAUGUUUUUAAUAAGUAAAUGGGAAAGGGACAGGUUAUUUUUAUAAUCACAAUAUGAAAAUCAAUUAGGGAAACCAAAGAGCCUAAUAGAUCGGUUCUUGUUGCUGUGUCAAAUUCAUCUCUCAAAUCUCUCAAGCUUUAAAAAUUUUUUUUGGUGCAGUGCAUAAUGAAAAUAAGUAAAUGCCUAUGUUUUAGGAGUCAGCAAUUAUGGUUUUUUCUUAUUGUUCAAGAGCUUGAGCGUGAGGGCAAGUAGAGGGGUAGUGUAAUAGUGAGAGAGAUUUCCAGACAGGACAAUGUUACCCUUUAAGUGCUUUUUGAUGAGAUUAUUUUCAAAACCAAUUUAAUAUUUUCUUACUUUAUAAGACAGAAUAAAAACUUGUUUCAGAUUUUUAAAACUGUUAAAAUCAUGAACUUACAAUAUUGUAUUUACUAAAAAAUAUAAUUU